AUGACAAAGGCGAGGGCUUCCGGCGCCGCCAGCCCUCUUAUCGCGGGGGCGGCAACGAGAACGGCAACGUCGAGCGGUGAAUUUGGCGACUUUGACGAUGACUUCGGGGCACCCAACCUCUUCGACUUCUCCACCAGUCCCGAUACCCUGCAGAGACUAGAAACGAUUGGCACCAGCGAUCCAAAGACUUUCUUGAGCCCCCAAGACCUCACCCUCCCCGACUCGCCAACAUCCUACCAAGACUCGUCGUCCGACUCGGCCUCGUCCUCCAAGAGGACCGAGAGCUCUGCUUCGGCCAUCCCCUCGGCUACCCCCGCCGACAUCGCCAUGGAGCAAGCCGAUGAUGUCAAGAUGGAAUGGGGCCAUUCCGAGUACACCUCCUUCGACGACGACGACCAUGCCUUUACCUUUGCCCGUGACGCCGACCCCUCGGCCGCCAUGGGUGGCAUCUACGGCUUCGGCGAAAACGAAGACACCUUCAUGGACCGCUCCUUUGACUUUAGCGGGGCCUCGAACAGUCCCGACGGCCCCUCGCACCGCCCUUUGGCCAGCGGCCCCAUCGACAUGCCCUCCCCCGGGAUGCCUACCAUCAAGACUAACAGCCCACGGAAACCAAACCAGGCCCAGAGGUCCCAGGCCACCGGCCACCGGAAACAAAUUUCGCAAUAUUCCAUGGCCUUCUCCGCCCACGGGGUUCAUUCGGCUGGCUCGAGGGAAGUGUCACCAAUGUCUGCCAUGGUGACCAGCCACGACUCGUCCCCCGCGGCCACCUUCUUCAACUCUCCCUCGCCAGCCACAGGACAUGAUUUCUCCAAUGGUUUGAACAGGAAUGCCAUGUGGACAAGUAGGAUGGACGUGCCGCCCCGACCAGACGCCAUACCCGCGUCGGCCCAGCUAGCGGCGCCGCCAAUGGCUCAGCCGGCGCCCGCUCCCCAAUUCCCCCUGAGCCCGCCACCCCUUCCCGUUACCGGCGGGUAUGAGCUGACGAUCAUGCCGACGCCCCUCAAAUCGCGCGUUGAGACGCAAAUCCCCAUCAAGAUGACCCUGUCACCUCUGCCGCCGGGUGUGACCAAACUGCACCUCCCGGCCCACACAAUAUCCAAGCCCAAGCUGCUGGCCAAGCCCCCUCCGGAACGAUCUCCGGACAUGCUCGAGCUGUUUGUCACGCUCGUCUGCACCAGCGCCAUGGAGCAGCCCGAGCUCAAACAGCAGGCGUUGGAGAGGGCCACCAGCUUACCCCAGCGAUAUCUCCCGGAACGUGACGACGAGGAAUCCUCACCUCAGAAUGGGGGCGAUGUCCGCAUCUGCCCAGGCUGCGUCACCAGGGAGCGAAAGAGGGCGGCUCGGAAGAAGAUCAAGAAGCCCGAUGAAGAAAAGCUGUGGGCCUUGGACGAGGAUUAUCGGGUCAUCGUCUUCAACACGACAGAGGUCAAGGAAUGGCAGCAGGUCUUGGACUCGAGCGGGCGGCCGGAGAAGGCCGCGUCCGGUCACAUUAUGCAGAUUGAUGCACCGAUGCGCAUAGCGUGCUACUGCCGGCACCACAACGAGAAGAUGGGCUUCAACGUCAUUUUCACCAUCAAGGACUUUCGGGGUCAAGUCAUUGCGCAGGCCAUGUCCAACCCCGUUAUGAUCACCGAUGAUCACAAAACCCAUCCCGUGGCGCAGUCUUCGUCGCAGGCGGCAAUGUCUGAGUCCGUCACUUCAUCGACGGUGCCUGCAAGCACAGGGCCCUCGCCGCCUGCCGCCGCCGAAACGAACGGCCUCAUGCAUACGGCGCAGAAUGGCGCCUUUCGCAUGUCCAACGGUGACCCUGCUUCCUCCCAUGGCAGCGGGCGACAAGCCUCGCACCCGUCGUCGGCCUCGGGCAAGACGACGCCGACCAUGGGCACGGUCACGGUGCCGACCAGGGCCAUGUCCCGCCCAGCGUCUCCCAUCCAAGGAGGACCCAUGGCCAAGAAGAGAAAGUCGAGCGGGAGCACAUCGUCGCGGGUCCCCAACGGGCUGACCAUGACGAGGCUAGAGACGUCGCCCUCUCCGAAUGCCCAUAACGGCACGCAACUGUCGACGGCCACGUCUCCAUUUUCGCCCAACUCGGCCCACUUUUCCCAACUCGAGCCCAUGUUCGGACAGCACGGCGGCCAACACCCGUUUGCCAAUGGACCCCCGACUCCGGGUGGCAAUGAACAGGCACCUUUCUACGCGGGCAACAGGUCUGCGAGCAUGGACAACCUGGCCGUAGCUCACCUGUAUUCCGCGCCCACCUCGAGCCAUCCUAGUCGCGCACCAAGUCCCAGCGGCCUGAGGAAUGGCAUCGGCGCAACGCAGGGCCAGUUCGCCCCGUCGCUCGUCGGCAACCUGUUCUCGAUGCCAAUGGGAGUGAACCAGGCCUGUGCCCCACCCACGAUCCACAAGGUCAUCCCCAACGAGGGCUCCAAAAUGGGAGGCGCCGAGGUCACAGUCCUCGGCCAGGCUUUCUUCCAAGGGCUGGAGGUUUACUUUGGCGACCAAAAGGCCACAACGACAACGUUCUGGGGUGAAUCCUCGCUGGUUUGCCUUUUGCCCCCGUCCCCCGUCGCCGGCGCAGUUGCCGUGACGUUCAAGCAGCAGGGCGUCGCCGGUGCUCAAGGCUUUUCCAUGGCCAAGGAACCGCCCAUCUUCAAGUACAUUGAAGACAACGAGAACAGCAUCAUCCGCACAGCGUUGUCUGUGCUGGGUCAGAAAAUGUCGGGCCAGAUCAUGGACGUUAGUGACCUGGCCAGGAGGAUCCUCAACGACGGGAACCCGUCUUGGUCCGGCGGAUCGUCGGUGGCCCCGGGUGCUGGCGGCGCCGGCUUCAACCAGGCGUCCCACGGGCAGCACCUCGAGUCCCAGCUGCUCAAGUGCCUGGACCUGAUUGAUCUCGGCGACAGCACUCACAGGACGCGGCUGGACUGGAGGAGGCCCACGGGCCAUACCAUGCUCCAUCUGGCUUGCUCUCUCGGAUAUCACCGCUUCGUCGCGGCCCUGCUUGCUAGGGGGGCAAACUACGAUGCUCGCGACCGGGGUGGCUUCACGCCGUUGCACAUGGCUGCGAUGCACGGCCAUGCCGAGAUUGUAAGGAGGCUGAUGCUGCACGGAGCUGAUCCUACCAUUCGGAGUCUAUCCGGACUCGUUAUCGCCGACAUGACCAACUCGAGAUCAGUGCUGCGGGCCAUGUGCCAGCCUCAGCGCCAUGCACGCUCUUUCAGCGGCUCCUCGUCGCUGCACAGCCGAGCCAGUAGCUCCGCCUCGUUGCGAUCGCUGUGGGAGCCAUUGACCAGGGCUCACACGUACGAUGAGCCGAUACCGGCCGACCCGGGCGAUGAGAGCCCCGAGUACACGUCGGGCGACCUUGAGGACGAGGACCCGGACGAGGACCGUAAUCUUCACAUGAGGCGGCACAGCCGGGUGCACAGCCGGGUGCACAGCCGGGCGAGACAAGACAUUGGCAUCGACAGUCUUGGAGAUGGCCCCGACGCCUCAGCCGGGGCCUUGGCAUCGCCGACGACCCAGUUUGCGGCGAUCAAAGACCAGCUCCAACAGCAGUUGCAUCAAUUCCAGCAGUCGAUGGCUUUGCAUUUGCAGAGCCUCCCUCAGAUGCCUCAAAUGCCCACUCUCCCGGGCAUGCCUAUGCUGCCGGACUAUCAGGCCUACCUGCCGCAGUCACCUUUUAUGCGUCGCAUGCAGCAGCUCAUGCCGGGAUCUGGGCCACGUCCCGACUCUCGAGACGGAGAGGGGGACACUUCUAAGCUGGACGCUCGCUGGUGGGAUAUUACCUCUUACAUGCAGAACAGCGCGGCGCCUCCCUCGUACGAAGAUAUCUUUGGACGGCAGGACACGACUGACCCGAAGCAGGAGUCCGCGAUUCGGGCCGCGACCGAGGCCGAGGCGGACAUGAAAUGCGCUGCUCUCUACGAUCAGCCGUCGCCGCCCUCAGGGAGCGGAUCCAGAACACAGGCCCAAGGCUCGUCGCCCGGCGUGCUCAAGAUUGGUCGGAAGAAUGCCAUCACCAAGGAGCAGCAGGAGCAGUUCCUACUGGCACACGAAAGAAGACUCAAGAAGCUCAGCAGCGAUCGAAACUUGUUCUUUAUUUGGAUUCCACUUCUCGUCGUCAUGGUCUGCGCCAUGCUAUGCAGCUACUUCCCAUCGCUGUUCCCUUUUCUUUGGACGUCGGUGCGUGCGCUGGUGCAAGCCGGGCAGACUCGAGCAUCACGUGCGGCGCAAGACGCCCCACGUGUUGUGGAGGCAUAG